GCUUGGCUGCGACAUGGUGCGGACCAAAGCGGACUGCGGGGGGACCGGCGGGGCUUAUCGGAAAGUGGUGGCCGCCAGGGCUCCUCGGAAAGUAUUAGGCGCGAGCAGCUCUAAUGUGGUUUCCUCGCCUACUUCACGGAAAGCUGAAAGCAAGUAUGCAGGGGGCAAUCCAGUCUGUGUGAGGCCCACCCCACCGUGGCAGAAGGGAAUCGGAGAGUUCUUCAGUCAGUCCUCAAAGCGUUCAGAGAAAGAGAACCAGGUCUCUGAUGAGGAACCAGGAUGCAGCGGAAUAGGAAAGCGUAGGAGAAAAGCUGUCCCCCUGCCUCCUUGCCCUGCUGAACAUGACGCCUCUGACGAUGACCAAGUGUGA